CUCCCUCGGCGAGUGGCAGGUGCAGGUUUGGUGGGUCUGGGUGCGGCUGCUUCGCUGUGAUUCACACGCAUGGAGUGCGACCGUUCCUCCACCCACAGCUUCAGGUGAGGAGACGAGGGGUGUGGCACAUCUCUGACAGACAUGAGCAGAGACACAGACACACUUCACACUGAGAUCAGGAGAGAGAGAGAGAGCCAGCCGGACAGACACUGACCUCACUGACACACGCAUGGAUUUCUCUGAUCAGGUUCCUGUGGAGCGGGGAAUUGGUUCUCACCGUUCCCCCUCUGAGCUGAGUUUGGUUUUGGUGGGCAGCAUCGGCUGUGGAAAGACCAUGACAGCGGACACCCUGCUGGGUCAGAGCUCUGCUCCGGGACCCUCGGCCUCUUCCCGAGUGAGUCAGAUACGACGAGGACUGUCGGCGGGCUGGAGGCUGAGCAUCGUUGAAACCCCUCGCUGGUACUGGAGGGGCAAGGAGUUGGAGGCUGACAUCCGUGGGGAGACCCGGCAGUUCCUCAGCUCCAGUGUUUCCGGGCCCUGCGUCUUCCUCAUCCUCAUCCCCAUCGGAGAGUUCACGGAGGUGGAGGGGCGCAUCCCGGAUCAGCUGGAGCGCAUGUUCGGGCCGUCGGUGCUGGGUCACACGCUGGUGCUGCUCACCUGUGGAGAAUACCUGAUGGGCCGCAGUCUGGACGAGUACCUCGGGAAGGAGGCGGGGCUGCAGGAGGUGGUGAGGAGGUGUCACGGCCGCUGCCACGUGAUCAGUAACCGCAGACCUGACGACAGACAGCAGGUCCUCACUCUACUACAGAAGGUGGAGCAGAUGAUACAGAGGAACGGAGGAUUUCACCUGCUCAGAGAUGAGGAAACACAUGGGAGAGACGUCACAGAGCAGGAGAAAACAGAGAUGAAGCUCAGUGCAACAAGUUACACGAUGUGGAACGGAGGCAUCGGAGGAAAACAAACACAAAUCAAUACGUUUGACAAACACACAGAAGAAACAGGAAGUGAUGGAACGAUUGAGAGACGCCUGAUCAAUGGGCUUCAGUCACAGCAGCGCGAGUGUGUGGAAACAGAGGCCCGACACACACCGCUGGAGAAAAGCCCGAGCUUCAAACUCAACAAAGAGGGAGCUAUUCUCAGUCAGAUGAUGGAGGUGCCAGAGAUCCAGUACAGCCACAGCUUCAUCAACACCAUCCAUCACACUUUUAAGAAGGUUUCGGGUGACAGUGAAACUCUCUCUCCUGUAUCAUCGUAUUCCUCUGAUCCUCUGAACGACUCUUCUCUACCUGAGCUGAGGCUGGUUCUGCUGGGUCGCCGUGGUUCUGGGAAGAGUGCGGCCGGGAACAUCAUUCUGGGUCGUGAGGAGUUUGUGACGGCGGCCCCUCAGCAGUGUGUGAAGGCCCGAGCGCUCGUGGAGGACACACGGGUGUCAGUGGUGGAUACACCAGACUGGUUUCAGUCAGAGAGAUCUCCUGAGGAGGUGAAAGCUCAGAUCUCCUCAUGUGUGGCCCUGUUGGCCCCGGGCCCUCAUGCAUUCCUGCUCUGCGUCCCUGUUGACCAACCCGCUCGUUCCGAGCUGCCGGCCCUGAGCGCACUGGAGGGUGCAUUCGGACCUGACGCUGUCCGCCGGCACACAAUCAUCCUCUUCACGCGCUCGGAGCUGCUGCCGGAGGGGGCGGAGGGCGUGGAGGAGGUGGAGGCGUACAUCACCUCCCGAUGGCCAGAGAUGCUGGAGAUGGUGCAGAGAUGCGGCGAUCGCUACCAUGUCUUGCAGCGUGGGAACACAGCCGGACAGCAGAGCGGCGGCGUGAAGGAGCUUCUGGAGAAGGUGCAGCAGACGGUGAAGGAGAGCGGAGGAGAUUUCUACAGCUGCUCGCUCCAGCAGCAGAACCAGGAGGAGAGCUCGACUGUCAGGAGAGACCGACAACGUGACAGAGACAGACAGAGCCUGUCUCACUCUCUGGAUGCUCUGAAAGAGGAAGAGGAGGAAGUGACGUCCACGGUGAAGAUCAACCGUCUGGACUCGGCUGCACCGGCUCGGUCGCUGAUCCGGUCCGUGUGUGAGACGACGAGCUCGUGUGCGGGACGUGUGCCCAAGCUGCUGGCCGUGGGAGCUCUGACCGGAGCGGCGCUGGGCGUGUUCCUCGCUGGAGCUGUAGGAGGCGCUGUAGGAGCAGUGCUGGGCUCUGUGGUCACCGAGGUCGGGAGACGCAGGUUCAAUAAACAGAAAACAGAGUAGCAGACAGUGUGAUCUGCUCUGGAGAAUCACUGUGGACUGUAAAAUAAUUCCGUGGUUGUUCUUUCUUGUAUCAUAUCAGUCUGUACAAACUCAAAAUUAUAUGUGCUGUACAUGCUGAUUCUUCAACAAGAGUUUCAUGAACACAAGAGCAAAUCGGUUUCAACAGUGAGUCUGUUCACUGUAUUUUCCAGUUGUGUAACCAUAAAUACACUAAAAAACAAAUUGUUCUGUUCUUGAAAGGAAUAAAGGGACAUCGUUUGUAAUUUAUCUCUAUACAUGUUCCAGACUGACUGGGGAAUAUUUAUGAUUUCAUAAUGUAAACAAGUCAAGGCUGAAGAUCUAAAGGACCUCAGUGAAGUGUGUGAAGCUUUCAGUAAAAAUCACAUGUUGGUCAUUCUGGUGUGAUGAAAUGUUACAUAAAAACUUUUGGAUGUACAUUA